AUGUCUUCUGAUAAUAUCACUCUCUUUUUUGACAAUGUAACUUUAUUUGAUGGCAACUUUACCAUUCCCGAAGUAAACGCCACCAUAAUUGAGUCAACUGUAAUUCCUUACCUUUUUAAAUGGGCUCACUCAGACAUGGCCAGGUGGAGUUUCUUCAUUGCAUUUUGCACUUGGAUCCCGACUGGACUUCUUAUAUUUCGAUCUAUUUACAAAGUCUACAAAUCUAAUAAGAUAAUCAAAAAUUCUAUCUCUACACAACUUUGUGUGACAGUGAUGAAUAUUGUGCUUUCCAUUUUCUCUCAUCUAUCUCAAGAAAUUUUCGGUGAUUUGAUCUCCAUUCUCCCGUUUACUCACAAUAUUGGAAACUUGUUCAUCGCAGUUAUUUUUUGGGCUACGCACCCGAUAUUUGGAAGAAACGGAUUAAUCAGUACUUACCGUAUGGAAACCAGAAAUCAGUAA